GCCGGAAGGAACGGAACUAGAGUUACAUAAUUUCCGUCUGCAGUGUUACCGAGGAAACAAGCGGAGCCUGGGCCCGCGGCUUGGCAGGACAUUAAAUGCCUUGGAUUCAGGAACUGGAAUUUACAGAAAGGGAUAGAGCUGCCAGAGUAAUUCAGAAGGCCUGGAAAAGUUUCCUUUAUGUCGCUGUAUUCCAAAACUUUAAAAGUGUGAUUAACAUUAGGAGACAAGGGGAUCCACGUCAGAUAGUAAGAUACAUUAAUCCCAAAGAGGCAGAACUUCUAGAUGCUGCUGCUGGCAUUCAUGUGCGAUUCAGAUUAGGUGGUGUUAAAUUUCCACCUGAAAUAUACUAUAAAAUUUUCACUCAGAGACAUGUUGAAGAUUUGUGUGCUAAUAGCCCUAGAGAUUAUACAAAACUUGCAGCAAAAUGUGCAUCUCAUAUUAAAAGUGAUGCUCUUCAAGAAGAGGAUCAUAGUGGCUGGUAUCGUCGCAUAGAGAACAAUGGCUGGAGGCCUGUUUCUGAUAGAUUUUGGAUGUCUACUGAAGAUGUAAUGGUGGGAAAUAAAAAGGAAACCAAAUUUCAUUUUUCUAAACUGAAGAGAAGGCAAGAUAUGGAAAAGAAAAGAAAAACUAGAAAAAUAGAAUGGAUGAAACAAAUGUACUACACAGGAAACCUGAAGGCUAAGUCAACAAAUAGUGAAACUACAGAUUUAAUUCACAAAGCAACAGAAGGGCUAAUAAAGGUUAUCGAAGGUGGUGGAGUAGAUUCUGUGAUGGAUUGGGAAGUGGAUGAAGUACUGAACUGGACAAAUACACUGAACUUUGAUGAGUAUAUUGCCAACUGGAAGGAAAUUGCUACAAGCAACUCUUCAGCUAACUGCAAAAGUUUCAGGUUUGAGCAAGCACAGAAAAAAAAAAUAUGACUAUACUAUGUCAGAGGAAAUGGG